AUGACAACCUCAUGGAGCGACCGACUCCAGAAUGCAGCAGAUCUCCCUGCAAACAUGGAUGGGCAUGCUCUGAAAAAGUACCGCCGGGAAGCCUAUCACCGGGUCUUUGUAAACAGAAGCUUAGCCAUGGAAAAAAUAAAGUGCUUUGGUUUUGAUAUGGAUUAUACACUUGCUGUGUAUAAAUCCCCUGAAUACGAAUCUCUUGGAUUUGACCUGACCGUAGAAAGAUUAGUUUCCAUUGGAUACCCUCAUGAGCUGCUCAAUUUUGUGUAUGAUCCUGCAUUCCCUACCAGAGGCCUGGUGUUUGAUACCCACUAUGGAAACCUGUUGAAAGUUGAUGCCUAUGGGAACCUCCUAGUGUGUGCACAUGGCUUUAAUUUCCUCAGAGGGCCUGAAACACGGGAACAAUAUCCGAAUAAAUUUAUCCAGAGGGAUGACACAGAUAGGUUUUACAUUCUGAACACGUUAUUCAAUCUUCCAGAGACCUACCUAUUGGCUUGCCUAGUGGAUUUCUUUACCAACUGUGACCGGUACACUAGCUGUGAAACAGGGUUUAAAGAUGGAGACCUCUUCAUGUCCUUCAGGAGUAUGUUCCAGGAUGUCAGAGAUGCUGUUGACUGGGUUCAUUACAAGGGAUCGCUAAAGGAAAAGACCCUUGAGAACCUGGAAAAGUACGUGGUGAAAGAUGGGAAGCUGCCACUGCUGCUCAGCCGCAUGAAUGAAGUUGGGAAGGUGUUUCUUGUCACAAACAGUGAUUAUAAAUACACAGAUAAAAUUAUGACUUACUUGUUUGACUUUCCACAUGGACCAAAGCCUGGGAGUGCCCAUCGGCCAUGGCAGUCCUACUUUGACCUGAUCCUGGUAGAUGCGCGAAAACCCCUCUUCUUUGGGGAAGGCACGGUGCUGCGGCAGGUGGACACGGUGACUGGGAAGCUGAAGAUUGGGACCUACACUGGCCCACUGCAGCACGGCAUAGUGUACUCAGGAGGCUCUUCGGACACAGUCUGUGACCUGCUAGGGGCCAAAGGGAAGGAUAUCUUGUACAUUGGAGACCAUAUCUUUGGAGACAUCCUCAAAUCCAAGAAGCGCCAGGGCUGGAGGACCUUCCUGGUGAUCCCCGAGCUGGCGCAGGAGCUGCACGUCUGGACAGACAAAAGUGCCCUUUUUGAAGAGCUGCAGAGUCUGGACAUUUUCUUGGCUGAGCUAUACAAGCAUCUGGACAGUAGCAGCAAUGAACGCCCUGACAUCAGCUCCAUCCAGAGACGCAUUAAGAAAGUGACCCACGACAUGGACAUGUGCUACGGGAUGAUGGGGAGCCUCUUCCGCAGCGGCUCCCGGCAGACCCUGUUUGCCAGCCAGGUGAUGCGCUACGCUGAUCUCUAUGCAGCCUCUUUCAUCAACCUCCUCUACUACCCCUUCAGCUACCUCUUCAGAGCUGCCCAUGUUCUGAUGCCACACGAGUCCACAGUCGAGCACACACACGUCGACAUCAAUGAGAAGGAGUCGCCGAUGGCCACGCGCAAUCGCACCUCAGUGGAUUUUAAAGAUUCUGACUACAAGCGGCAUCAACUGACCCGCUCCAUCAGUGAGAUCAAACCACCCAACCUCUUCCCCCAAGCACCUCAGGAAAUCACACAUUGCCAUGAUGAAGAUGACGAUGAGGAAGAGGAAGAGGAGGAGGAAGAGGAGGAAGAGGAAUAAGAAGGAAAAAGCAAAGCAUCUCUGAAGACAAAAUGUGACUCUAGCAGUGAUCAGGAGCAGAUUCCUUUCUUGGGGCCCUUGGGAUGAUGGGUUGGGGGGGUGUGAUUCUUGUAAAGGCACAUUUUGAAAGUGUCAGAAAACUUUUAACAAAUUAACACUAAUUAUGAGGAGACCCUUAUUUUCAGUUUGCAGACGGUUCAAAAAGCUGAUGGAUUCUGCCUGGGUGGUGCAUUCAGAUUGAACUGCCCACCUGUACUGUCAUGCUGCUCCCACUACAUUUUGGGAUGCUGCAUGUUCCUCCAUUUCCUGUUACUCGUUUCAUUCAAUUUUCAUGUGAACGGUUUUUGCCAUU